AUGGCCACUCGUGGCAAAACCCCUUCCCUUCCCCCUCACCACGGCCUACUGGAGCAUGCUGUCACCAUCGACACCUGCGUUUCCGUCCUCCGCUCCGCCGGCAACUUGUUUGGUCCAAUGCUCCUCGUGCAAGGCGUGAAGUUUCGCUCGCCUGACUCCACGGCCGGACACACCGUCGUUGUGGGGCCCAAGGACAGGAGGCAGCUGUGUUUUACAAGUCUGUUCCUCUCCCGCGCCGCCUUCAAGGAAGGCACCAUGUACAUCUCGCCCAACAUGUGCAUCGCCGCUGCGCAGUUUGCCAGCGCGCACGAUGAGGCUGAGGACAUGGUGCCGCGUGGCAUGCCCAUCCCGGCAACGAUGUCGUGGACCUGGAGCCUGGACGAGUGGCCUUCACCCCUGCCAAUCCCCUUUGCGACUCGAGCCGACAUGCUCGAAGCUUCCGUCGAUAAGUUUGCCCAAGCGCACCGGCAGACGCAGCUGCCCAACGGCAACUGCAUCGGCCGUGCGGUUGAGCUCCUCAACAACCUCCGCGUCGUGGUCCCAUCAGGCCCUCACCCGGAGGACCCCAAGCUUGUGCUGUGCUUUUCGUUGCCCCCAACGAACAGCAAGCUCGGACCAGCACUUUGCCGACUGCUCGAGGUUGCCAGUUGGGGCGAGGAUAUGCCGAGUUCCUGCUUGCAGUUCAAUGAGGACGGCGCCGAGCUGCGGCCACACUUGGAACCACCAUUCCUCGUCGUGGAAUGGCGUGCCUCGUUGGCGACGCGGAAUGUUGUGGUACACGCUGGGAUGUCAGACGAGCACGGCGUGGGCAGCAGCGACAACAACUCAUCUAUAUACCGCGACCUGCCGCACCCCUCGACCUUCAAAGACCCGAACAGGAGCAACCACCCCGCUUACGCUCUCAAGAACAUCGUCCGCCUUUUGGCGGCGAUGGCCCAGAAUGAGGGCAAGUACGCCUACAACCACCAGCAACUCGCCUUUAUCAAUCGUCAACGUCUCGUACAGCCCACUACCGGGGCCAACCUUCUCCGCAUCAUCUCCAAGGUUGAGGGUUUGAUCGUGACCCCCACAGUGAGCGACGACACGCGCAAAUUUGCAGGCCAAACCCGGCCCCAAGGUUCCGCGCAAGUUGGGCAGCCCCCUCAACUGAGCGAUGACGCCAUGCGCGUGAUGGACGACGAGUACUUUACGUCUGAAGACCGACUCACCGACCCGGUAUCCAACCCUUGA